AUGAGUAGUGAAGUUGAUAAGAAAAUUCGUAAGAAACAAACUCUAAUGUUUGAACCAAAAGAGAGUAUCAAUAAAAGAGUUCGGGCAUGUAUUUCAUUGUCAGAAAAAUAUAUGUCGUCUGAUGAUUUUGAUAGUUUCAUAAAACAAAAUCGCGAAACGUUUACGACAUUAGUUAUUGAAUUAUUUCAAAACAUUUCGUCACACCUCAAAAAAGGAAAAAUUUCAGUUAGUUAUAAAGAUGCUACAGUUCAUUUAAAAGUUAUAAAAAUUAUGUACCGAUAUUAUUCUUUAGAUGAACUUAAGAAUUUUGAGUUGUAUCAAAAGGUUUUUGACAAUUAUCUGAAGAUUGAAUCACAUCAAGAAUUACGUGAGGCUUGUUUUAAAACCUUACUUGAUAUAACACUUCAUUAUGGAGUUGAAUCAACACUAACAUCAAUGUUCAUUAAAAGUAUCAAUAUUGGUCAAUUGUAUGAUAAUGAAAAUGAUUUUCCAGUGAAUAAAUUAGAUUAUGGAGAAAAUUGUUAUUGCACAAGUCAUGAGCAAAUAAAUCAGAAGGAGAUGACAAAGAAAUUUAUUAAAAUUUUUAUCGAUCUAAUUAAAACACCUGAAACAUUUGAUAAACUCUAUUUAUUAUUAGAAGCGUUAUUAUCAUUUAUUUAUCCUCAUUUUGCUGACCAAGCAAAUUAUAAGUAUAAACAGGAACAUCAAAUAAAUUUUGAUGGUCAUUCAAGUGAAGUAGAAUUAUUUGUAUUAGAAGAAUUCAAAGGAUUAUACACUUCACAUGUAGUUGAUAGAUUAAAGAAAAGACCUUCUUUUAUUCUUUUUAUUAAAUAUUAUUUUAUUCAUGUCUUACAAUUAGAAGUUAAUGAAACAUCAUCACAAGUUAUUUUAUCAGUAAUCAAGUAUUUUUCUAAUCUUAUUCUUCUUAGUCCAUUAGUUUUAGAAAAAGAAGAACAAGUUUUAUCACUUCAAAACCAUAUUAUUUCUUCUCUUUCAGUAAUAUUUGAUAAACCAUUCAGUUCUUCUAAAAUAGAACUUUGUAUACCUUUAGCUAAACAAAUUAAACAAGAGAUUUUAAUAAUUGCUAAAAGUUCUUUGAGUGAUGAAUUAAAGAAAACAAUGAAAGAGAUGGUAUUACGUUGUAUUGAUUAUCUUAUAAAACAAGAAAAAACUCCAAUUGUUUCUUCAUAUAUUGAUUUAUUAAUUAUUCUUUUUGUACAAUGGAAAUUUGGUUCUGACCAAUGGAAAUUAUUAAAAGAUGAUUUAUCUAAGUAUUAUUAUAAUGAAAAUGUUAUGGAACAAAUUGGUAUUAAAAUCAAACACAUUGUCCGUAUUAUAUUAAAACAUUUUUAUUCUCCUUUAUUACUUGAAAAUAUUGAUAAUGUAAUUAUUGGCUCAAAGAAAGUUGAACAUUCUACUCAUCUUGAAACAAUAGAAAGUAUAUUUGUUGCACCUUCUUUUGAUGAGUCAUUUCUAGAAUACAUUCCUGAAACAGAUGGAGACAGAGCACUUGAAUUAUGGUAUAACUUUUAUUAUUUAUUUGAAGGAAUUUUUAAUCAUUCUCUAAAUGAAAGUUAUGAACAUGGGCUAUCAUUGUUAUAUGAAAUAGCUAUAAUUUUUAUUCAUUCUGAAACUAAACUAUUUCAAUUCGGAAUACAACCAAAUGAAAAAAGAUUAAAAUUAGUUGAUAUUUUUGGUCAAAUAUUUUUUGAUUCAUUUGAACGCCAAAAUCAAACUCCAAAAACUACAGAGUUAUUAUACAGAUUUAUAUGUAAAUUAAUUAAUCGUCCAUAUGUGCGGUUUAAUAAUGAAAUAUAUAAUUUAUUUUAUGAAACAAUUAUUAAAGGAUUUGAAAUAAUUCCAAUUAUAUUAAUGGAAGAAUUAUAUGAUAUUGUUUAUAAUCAAAUUCCUGGAUAUCCACUUUUGAUUCCUUACUUUAUUCAACACUUAAAAUCUCUUAAUUCCAAUUUAUUAUCACCAACAUUAAAUGCAAAUAGAAAUUAUCAAAUUGUCCUUCUUUUAAGUUCUCUUAUAAGUGUUAAUGAAAAUUAUCCUUCUAUUGUUCAAGAUUUGUCAAGUACUAAUAAAUUAACUUUUAAAUUUGAUUUAAAAGAAGAGUUAUCAGAGUGUUUUAAAUCAUUAUUAGAAGUAUUUAAAUCUAUUUCAUGUCAAACUUCUUUAAUAUAUUCUAUUGGUGCACAUAUACUAUUUUCAAGAAAAAUCAACCCUGAUUUUAAUAUUGAGAAAUUAUUAUUAAUGAUUAUUGAAAAAAUUGAAGUUGAAAAUGAAAAUAUUUAUAGACCUGCUUGUGAGGUUAUAAGUGAAUUAGCUUCAUUUACUAAAUACUUUACUAUUAAUGAUAUCCAAUUUAUGAUUAAAAGACUAAUCAAAACUAUAACAAAUCCACAAGUAAAAACAGAGGCUAUUGGUUGUGUUUUCACAACGUUAACAGAAUGGGUAUUUUCACCAUCUUUCAUUUUUUUCAAAGCAUUAUCACCUGAAGUUACAGUUGAUUUAUUAAAUGCAAUUUCAUUUGCAAUGACUUUGAAACAAGAAAAAAAACCUAUUGAUCCAUUAAAUUCAUAUAGAGCAUCAGCACCUGAGUGUGCUGAAAUUUUCAUCCAAACUCUUUUAAAUGCAUUUGCAUUUGUUCCAAGUGAGAAAGGAAAUGACAAGUAUUUAUCUUCACAAAUAGAAGGAGAAAGUGCGACCACAUGGUGGGCUUAUGGAAAUAAUUUAUUAUCAAUUGAAGAAAAAAAAGAUGAAAAUUUCUGUAGAAUGAUUAUAAGAAAUGCAGUUGGUAAGAGUUCGUGGAAUGUUCAAUCAAUUUCUGUUUUAGAUGAUAUUGGGAUACCAAAUGACACAUCUAUAAGAAAACUUAGUGUAAAAGAUAUUAUUACAACUGCACCGAAAGAAAAAAUAGAAGAAAAAACAAUUGAUCCUCAUGAAAAUAAAUUACGUUCUCUUAUCAAUCAAGUUUUAGACCAAGAACCUGAUUUCUUAGAAUGGGAAUUACCAGAUGGUAUAAAUAAAGAAGAAUAUUAUAACGAAUUAGAAUCAUUAAAAGAUACUUUUGAAAAUAUACAACAACAAAUUAAAGGGUUUAAUGAAAAUAAAAUAGAAGAAGAAACAAAUAGAAUAAUAACUUUAGAACGACAUGAAAUAGAUUCUACUAAAUUACUAAUACAAAUGUUAUUAUGUUCAACACAAAGUAUUGAUGUUAUUGGAAAAAGUAAUACUAUGUUAAUUCCAAUUACACCAACUGACAAAUUUAAAACAUUACUUGAAGGAUUAGAUAAAUCAUGUGUUCGUAGUUUCCAUAAAAUAGGACUUAUUUAUGUUAAAAAUGGACAACAUGAUCAAUGCACUAUUCUUAAAAACCAAGAAGGAUCCUCAGCAUAUAAAGAAUUUGUUGAAGGAUUAGGAUGGACUAUUGAUAUGGAAACACAUUCUGGAUUUGUUGGUGGACUAGAUAAAACAUAUUUAUCAACAGGAAAGAAUAUUAGAUAUUUUUCUGAUGCAACAAAAGAAGUUAUUUUUCAUGACAUUACUUUAAUGCCAACAGUUCCUAAUGAUGAUCAACAAAUAAUUAAGAAACGACAUGUUGGAAAUGAUUAUGUUCAUAUUAUUUGGAAUGAAGCAGAUGCAUAUAAUCCUAAUACUAUUUCAUCUCAAUUUAAUGCAGCACAUAUUGUUAUUAAACCAAUUGGAAAUGGUUUACAUAAAAUUCGAAUUUGGAGAAAACAAAGUAUUAGACAAUUUGGUCCAUUAAUAGAUGGGAUGAUUAUUGGAAAAGAGAUUCUUCCUAAUUUAGUAAGAGAAACAGCUAUUAAUGCUAGUUAUUGUUGUAGCUUAAAUAUAUCACCAGAUGAUUAUUUAAAACCAUAUUUAAGAAGAACAACACUCAUUAAAGAUAUUAUAGACAAAAAUAAGGGUUCUUCAAAAACUAACUUUUACUCUACACUUUCUAUCAUAACAAAUCCACAAACUGUUACCGAAUUAACUAACAAAAAAUAA